AUGGUUGUUGUGGUCAGACUCAAAAUGCAUCCAAACGACGGGGCGACCAAAGCCGAGGCUACCCAUGUACCAGUCGUGACAAAAGAGCCAGGGACCACGGUGGACUCCGCUCUGACCUUCCUGCACGAGGCCAAUAUCACAACCAUCAGCGCGGAAGAUGAAAAGAUACUCCUUCGAAAGAUUGACUGGAUGAUCAUGCCUCUGAUGUCGGCAGUCUACCUCAUGCAAUUCAUCGACAAGAACCUAAUCAACUUCGCGAACAUUAUGGGACUGGGAAAAGACACAAACACUUCUCCCACUCAAUUCUCCCAUCUUGCGCUAUCUUUCUGGGUCUCUUACCUCGCGUUCGAACCAAUCUCAGGGUAUCUGCUACAAAAAUUGCCAGUGGCUAAAUAUCUGGGCAUCAAUGUUGUUCUAUGGGGAAAUGAUACUGAUGACCUGUAUGUGGUACAAGAGAAGAGCUCCAGGCUGAGUGACCAAGAAAAAAUCAUUGCGAUUGAAAGACUUCGGGGAGACACAACUGGUGUCGAAAAUAAGAAUAUUAAACCAGCUCAUAUAUUUGAAGCCAUAAGAGAUCCACACACGUGGCUGAUUUGUGCGAUCACGACAGCUAUCAACAUUCCCAAUGCUGCUGUCAGUACUUUCCAGGCUGCUAUCAUAAAGAGCCUUGGAUACACUUCGAAAGAGGCAGCUCUGCUUACCAUUCCCAGCGGGGUCAUAGCCAUCAUCGCCAUACUGAGUGCUUGUUUCAUUUCGUUCAGAUACAACACUCGCGGACUUGUCAUUGUUUCUCUGUUAGUUCCUGGUAUAAUUGGUGCUACACUGAUGGCUUUCCUACCCACCUCCAGCAAACUUGGUCGCCUAUUCGGGACUUAUCUCACCAACACAAUUCCUUCCAGUACACCGCUCAUAUACUCAUGGGUCGCUGCGAAUGUUGCAGGUCAUACCAAGAAAGUAACAAUGAAUGCCCUUCUCCUCAUGGCCUUUUGUCUUGGAAAUAUCCUUGGUCCAUUAACGUUCACUGCGCCACCCAACUACAUUGCAGCGAAGAUAGCGAUUAUUGCUGUCCUCGGUUUUGCUAUCAUCCUCAUCGCUGUACUCGCACUUCUAUAUCAUCGAGAGAACUCGCGUAGGAAGGAAGUGGAAGAUUUUAGCCAGAGCAUGAAUGACUCGUCGUUCUUGGACUUGACAGAUCGUCAGAAUAAAGAGUUUAGAUAUGUCCUUUGA